AUGAAGCUAUACAAUGAAGCGUGGGUAGAUGGGCAAAUCCUGACCAAGCUCCAACCUCAGGCACCACAGAAUCAUUACUUGUUGUCCCUGGCUAAGGAGUACCUCGGCCACUUCUCUCAUGCUUUCCAGUCCUUGCUUCACUGCCUGGAGCUUGACUCGGUGCACAGGGAGACACUUGUGCUAGACCUACAGAGGGUCACUUACAAACUGUGCAGAGAAAAAGCAGUGGACACUGAGCGCGAGGAGCAAGGCCUGGAUGAAGCACUUCUUCGGAUUGGCAGACAGCUUUUAAAAGCUAAUUUGCACAGUCUAUGCAUCCAGUUGAUCAACUCAACAGUCCAGAUUUACCGUUCAACAAUGAAAAAUGAGAUCAGAUUGCAUUUCUACUUGCUGGAAGCCAGCUGCCAUGUACAGACAAAGAAUAAGGAAAUGGCUUUGUCAACCUAUGAAAGUUGUUUGUUCUUGGCACUGAAAGAACAACACAGUGAGGUUGAAUUCCAGUGUUUUGCACAACUGGCAGCUCUACACAUGGAAACAGGAAGCCUUGAAGAUGCACUUUACAACUACUUGGAACUCCUCACAGCGAUUGAAGACAGCAAACAGCAGCCUGACAACCACUUUAGCAGGAAAUUCUGGAGUGCGGAGACAGAAUUAGAUGUGUAUUUGAAACUGAGCAAGAUCUAUCAUACUCUUCACCAUUACCCAAAAGCAUUGACCUAUGGGAAAAAAUACCUGAACCUAUUGCUGGACAGAGAGUACAAGAGCCACUGCAAGGACAUAGCUGCUGCUUAUUUAAAGGUUGCUAAACUUCAGGAGAAGUUGGAGUUCUACAAAGAGGCACUGAUCAACUACCAGCACUUUAGUGAGCUGAGCCAGAUGACACAUAACAGUAUGGAUGAGGCACUGGCUUAUGAAUCAAUGGGGAGGCUACAUGCAAUAUUUGGCAAUUAUGAUCCUGCUGUGUCCCAUGCUUAUCAGAGUUACUAUGUGCUGGAAGCUCUAGGUGAUAGCGAUCUUCGGUUGCUAGCAUCACUAAGACUCGCAGGGGUGUGCAAGGCAGCUGAGUACUUUGAAGAGGCUGAAAAUUGUUACAAACAAGUUUGGGAGCGUGUCAGUAACACCAAAAAUGAAAGGAUGAGAUGUGAGGCCGCACUAGGGAUUGGUGAGGUUUAUGCAGUGAUGUCUCGUUGUCAGCAUGCCUUGUUUUUCUUUGAGAUGGCAAUAAAUGCUGCAGAGAGCCUUGGGGACCAAAAGCUGAUUGACAGGUGUAAAUUCAACUUGGCUAAUAUCUCUCAGUUCUCGUUCUACACCCAAGAGCUAUUGGUAGCUUCCAAUGCUUUUGAGGAAGUGAUAGCCCGUUACCAGUGGAUAAAGCUGAAAUGCAGGCUUGAGGGCUUAAAAGUGCCGAGAGAUGUCAAUGAUAUCCUUCUGGAGAGCUUCGAUGGUAUCCAGACAACCCUUAUCAAACUGGAUGAUAAAACAAAGGCAUUACAAUAUGCAGAGUAUGGGCGAAAAUGCAGCUUUCUAAAUCAUACCUUCUUAAGGGACGAAUUCCAUUUGUGCUUGGAUGAAUCAGACAGUGAGACUUUAGAAUUUGCAGCAGAAUUAGGUGUGCCGAGUUUGGAGGCAAUUUACAGCAGACUAGAGACUUUGCCUGGGACUGUGUUGUAUUACUCACUGGUAAAAACAGGCAUAUUACUGUGGGUGCUGAGAGCUGGACAGGGCCUGGUCCGCUUCCACAGGAGCAGCAUUAAAGAAGCAGCAAACAUCCAUUGGCAGAUUUGCCACUUCCUGCAGAUGCUGAAGGGCAAGUCCAUGCUAUUCAAGGUUGAGCCUCGGAACAUCCCCUCAGCAAAAACAAGAUGGGAAACGAUCCUUCCCAAAAAAGCACAGGGACCUUACGCCUCCACUUCAUGUGAGAAAGCUGAAGGUGCACAGGGCAUCUCUGGGGAUCCACAGUAUUGGAUGGAGCAUGAGAGCUGGCAGCAGAUGUACAGGCUACUCCUGGAGCCUAUCAGUGACCUGUUGGAAGAACCGGAGGCCGGGAGUGAUAUCUUGAUAGUGCCAGACAAACAUCUCUUCCAGGUUCCCUUUUCAAACCUGCACAAUUACAAGAAUAAAAAGCUAGGGGACAAAUUUUUUGUCUCUCUCUUACCAUCACUAUUCGCCGUGGAAAACGUGGCAAUGAAGUUCCAAAGUCGUGGGGAGACCAAGGUAGAAAGGCCUGUUCCAGCUGAUGACAUGGCUCUGCUGGAGGUGAUGGGUGGGAACAACCAGGAGCUACGUGGGUUACAGAAGAUGGGACAUGUAGGCCCUAUACAUCGCCUUGUUCACCGCACGGCUACCAACACAGCUGUGGUCAGCUCCAAGCACUUCAUUCCUCCGUUCAAACAGAUAUUUUGCCGAAUACAGGCAUUAGUUGUAGGAAGUCCUCAAUUGCCAUCAGAAUUAUUCCUGUUGGGGAGAGUCUGGAAGGCAGGACAACCCUUAAUCACAGCACAAAAAGAGGUUCUGAAGGUGGCUGAGUACCUGCAAACUGAUGCCGUCUUAGGAGAGGAAGCUACAAAGAAACUAGUCCUUACGGAACUCCCUCAAGCAACGAUCGUGCAUAUUGCUACGUUUGGGAGCUGGGAAGAUGGUGUGCUUGUCUUCGCUCCGUAUCCACCAACUAAUGCACAAGAGCGCGCGGACGAGCGGACUUUCUUAUUAACCAUUCCAGAGAUACUCGAGCUGAAGUUAAUAGCAAAGAUUGUGGUGUUGUCUAGCUGUUGGGAUGGAGCGUUAGACCAGGAACCCGUGCUAUCGUUUGAUCUGCCCACUGCCUUCCUGAGGGCUGGAGCCAUUUGCGUUCUGAUCCAGACUAAACCAGUUCCAGACCAGGCCUUGCUGACGUUUUACCACCAUUUUUAUACCACUCUUUGGACCGGCUCUUAUGUCAGCAUUGCAGUAGAGUUUGCACGGCAUCAACUGGAGCACGACAUCAGGUUUCCAGGAAAACAUUACUGGUCCAGCUUUGUGUGGGUGGGUUUGGAUACUUUUGUCAACUUACAGGAACUCAAACAUGCCAUGUUACACCAGACCCUUGAGACCAUUGAUCAGGAGCUGUCUCAAGCUACGAAACAGGAUUGGCUCAAUCCUGCAUCCAACAUAUCUGCAGUUCCAGACCGGCGAGCCCUGCUGCUGAAGAUGCAGUGCAGUCUCAGCAAAAUAAUUGUGAAUCAUGGCUCCAUGUCGUCCGUGUUGAAACUCCUCCUGUUCCUGAUAACAGAAGCCAUCAGCAGAUUGGCUCACACUGGCACAGAUUACCCCACAGUGAAGGUAACCACCAAUAUAAUCAACAUCCCAGGGAUCUCCUCUCUGCUCCGUUUGCUGGGCUUUCACUUCCAGCCUCUGGUAUGUCCCAUCCCGUACAUGACCACCCCACGGACUCUCCCGACUUGUUCUGCUGGCAUUCCCCGGACACACCCCGUGGCUGUUAUUUUUCCUCGUUUGGAUGAGGAUGGGCUGCUCCACCCGGCUCAGGAUGCUAUCUCUGCCAUUAGAGAUCUCUGCAACUCCACUCACUGUAUGAAUGCAUUGAACUGGAUCACGCCCUUGAGUGCGGAGAACCUGGAUCUGCUCAUUCCACUGUUGGAGAAGACCAGAGAGUGGCCCAAGGUUUGUCUCAGACUGACAGAUAAACAAGUGGCGACCAUCUGGAACCAGCCCCAUCUUAGAUACUUCCUGCAGGUCCUGGGAUUUGAGCAGGCGCGGCUCUGCCUUCUCUUUGUCUUGAGGAAACGCAACAUGCCACUACUGCUCGGGAGCUUAAAAUUCUUCUCCGCUGUACGGUUUACACCUCAACAAACCGCCGCGCAAGUCAGAGUGGGCACCGAGGAACCCUCGACUGUCAGUGAGAGCUCAGCCCCUCCACCAAAGACCUCUCUGAGGACCUUGAAACCGGUGCUGGUACUGAGACAGCAGAUCAUGGUGCAGGCUCCAUGGCAGUCUGUCAAGGCUACUCAUGAGGAGGAGAGAGUGAAGCACACACUGGCACAGAAACUCAUCGCCAUCCGCGCACAGAAGGAGGAUGACCUGCAUAGUGUGGAGCAGUGGCACAGACAAGCCCUGCAGAAUGUGGAAAGAGCGAGAGAGCCCAAGGUCCCGACACAGAAAAGUAACCUGAUGAAAGUGAAGAUGAAAGGACCGAGCUCUGGGAGCUAUGAUCGUAUUCCUGCAGAUCAGGUCAUUCCCACCCCUGGCAAACAGACCAUCAGAUUGCGUUCAGCUGCACAAUCUAUCGCAAAGGAAAAGAAGGAGAACAUUCAACUGCGACACCAAGCUGCAGUCAAAGACCUCUUCCUGCCCUUUAUCCAGCCUUGCCCUGACAGCCAGCCUCUCUCUGUCUGCACGUGUUCUGCGCUGACUGACGUGUGAGUGGCAAUACAAGAAUCUUUUAACUGUAGCAAUGCUCAUUUCAUCCUAACCCUAACCCUGAUGUCGCUAGCACCUGGAAAACAAAAUUAAAAAACAAAAUUGACAUUUUAAAUGAGUUCAUAUGAUAAUUCAUCUCUAAAAGGAG